GCCCGUAUGAUCAAGACGGGCUUCGAUCCAAACAUAUGCCGCUCUAAUUUUCUGGUGAAGAACUUUCUAAAACGAGGUGAAUUAUCUCAAGCACGUAUACUGUUCGACCAAAUGCCUCAUAAAAACACUGUCUCGACAAACAUGAUGAUAUCCAGUUACGUCAACUCCGGCAAUCUUUAUGAGGCUAGGGAGUUGCUUGACACCAUGCUUGACCGUACAGCGGUAACAUGGACGAUACUAAUAGGUGGGUAUUCGCAAGCAAAUCAAUACCGUGAGGCAUUUGAACUUUACGCCGAGAUGCAUAGGUGGGGAACUAAGCCGGAUUAUGUGACUUUUGCAACUCUCCUAUCUGGAUGCAGUGACAUGGAGACCACAAAACAAGUAGUUCAAGUUCAUUCUCAUAUCCUUAAAUUGGGAUAUCAUUCCACCCUCAUGGUCUGCAAUUCCUUGCUUGAUUCUUACUGCAAAUCCCAUCGCCUGGAUUUAGCGUGUCGACUCUUCAAGGAAAUGCCUGAGAGAGAUAACGUUACAUUCAAUGCAUUGAUAACAGGGUACUCAAAAGAUGGUUUGAAUGAGGAGGCUAUUAACCUCUUUGCUCAAAUGCAAAAUCUUGGUUACAAGCCUUCUGAGUUUACUUUCGCAGCACUACUUUGUGCUGGUAUCGGUUUAUAUGACAUAGCCUUUGGGCAGCAGGUUCAUGGUUUUGUGGUGAAGACUAAUUUUGUUUGGAACGUGUUCGUGGGGAAUGCAUUGCUAGAUUUCUACUCAAAGCAUGACUGUUCGGUUGAAGUAAGGAAACUAUUUGAUGAGAUGCCAGAGUUGGAUGGUAUUUCCUACAAUGUAAUCAUCACAUCUUAUGUAUGGGAUGGGCAUUUUAAAAGGUCUCUUGAUCUUUUCCGUGAAUUACAGCUUACCAAAUAUGACAGGAAGCAGUUCCCUUAUGCAACCAUGUUGAGCAUUGCAUCAAAUACUCUCAACUUAAACAUGGGUCGGCAGAUCCAUUCCCAGGCCAUUGUAGCAACAGCUGAUUCAGAAAUUCAAGUUGGAAAUUCCUUGGUGGAUAUGUAUGCCAAAUGUGGCAGAUUUGAGGAAGCCAAAAGCAUAUUUGCACGUCUGGCUGACAGAAGUGCAGUUCCAUGGACUGCAAUAAUCUCCGCAUAUGUUCAGAACGGGCUCCAAGAAGAAGCCCUUGAACUGUUCAAUGAGAUGCGCAGAGCAAAUGUUAGUCCUGACCAAGCCACUUUUGCAAGCAUCUUAAGAGCCUCUGCCAAUUUAGCUUCACUCUCACUGGGAAAGCAGUUACACUCAUCCGUGAUCAGAUUAGGAUUUGCAUCCAAUGUUUUUGCUGGAAGUGCACUCCUUGAUAUGUAUGCGAAAUGUGGGUCCAUGAAAUAUGCACUUCAAACUUUUCAAGAGAUGCCCAAAAGAAAUCUGGUCUGUUGGAAUGCCCUGAUCUCAGCUUAUGCACAAAAUGGAGAUGGUGAAGGCACUCUUAGAUCGUUUGAACAGAUGGUUCAGUCAGGUUUUGAACCAGAUUCAGUGAGCUUCCUGAGCGUUUUAACUGCUUGUAGCCACUGUGGGCUUGUUGAGGAAGGAUUGCAAUACUUCAACUCCUUGAACCGUAACUGUAAAAUCGUCCCAAAGAGAGAACACUAUGCAUCAAUGGUUGAUAUGUUGUGUCGAAGUGGGAGGUUCAAUGAAGCAGAGAAAUUGAUGGCUCAAAUGCCAUUUGAACCUGAUGAAAUUAUGUGGUCAUCAGUUCUAAACUCAUGCAAAAUUCAUAAGAAUCAAGAAUUGGCAGAGAGAGCAGCAGACCGACUUUUCAAUAUGGUGGACCUUAGAGAUGCAGCUGCUUAUGUGAACAUGUCGAAUAUUUAUGCAGCAACAGGUCAAUGGGAGAGUGUUGGAAAGGUGAAGAGGGCGAUGAGAGACAGAGGAGUCAGGAAAGUUACAGCAUAUAGUUGGGUGGAAAUCAACCACAAAACUCAUGUAUUUACUGUGAAAGACACGAGCCACCCACAAAGUGGGAAGAUUAUGAGAAAGAUUGAUGAGUUGACGAAGGAGAUGGAAAAGGAAGGGUACAAGCCGGACACAAGUUGUGCCCUUCACAACGAGGAUGAUGAAAUAAAAGUGGAGUCUCUUAAAUAUCACAGCGAACGCUUAGCAAUUGUCUUUGCAUUGAUCAGUACACCGGAAGGAUCACCGAUAGUGGUGAUGAAGAACUUGCGAGCUUGCACAGACUGCCAUGCUGCAAUCAAGGUGAUGACAAAGAUUGUUGGGAGGGAAAUAACAGUUAGAGACUCAAGCAGGUUCCAUCAUUUUAGAGAUGGGCUUUGCUCCUGUGGGGACUUUUGGUGACAAUUUUUAUUCAUCAAAUGUGAUAUAUCAUCAGACG